UGUUCAUAAGAACUAUCUAGGCGUGUCUACGGGAUAUUCUGCACUCUUUCUCGCCGAUCGGUACAGGUUACUUUCCGUCAUGGGAGUCGGUCCGUUUGCGAGUCCUGUUUCCGAUGAGCAGAUGACCAAGAUCAAAGAACUGAUGGAGACUAUACUCAAGACAUUCACGUUGGAGUACACGAAGGCCUACGCUAUUGCGUUGGUAAAACACAUUGAAGAAGAACUGAAGCAGGGGAAAGGAGAAGAAUGGCAGUUGAUGGAGCGGCCGGAGGACUCUCUUACCACACCUCUCAAAACCGGUUACCUGAUGAAGCAAGGCAGCGUACGCAAGAAGUGGCUUCGACGAUUUUUUGUCGUAAGACCAAACUUUAAGAUCGAUUACUAUGAAAGUGAAGAGAUCUACAACAAGGGAGGAAAAGUGAAGAAGACCAUCUCCUUAUGCGGUUAUUCCUUAUCUACUGAUCUAGCGAAAGACCUCCUUGCACGUGCUCAGGAGCUUGCUGCAAAAAUGGGUAUGGAUGCCGGAGAUCUUCCAGCCGUGGCAACUUAUCCUGAUUUCUCUUGGGAAGCUCACCAUGAACGACGACGUUGUUACUUCAUGCAAGCUGAAAAUGACCAGGAGAAAGAGGAAUGGGCAAGGGUCUUUGACUUGUGCUGCAGACACUGCGAAGGUUUCAACAGCACAGACCCUGUAGCAGUUGCAGCCUUUGAAAAAGCCAUCACAAAAACCAGACAGGAACUGGGUCACUGGGACAGCUGGACAUGUGGUGGUUCUGAAACACAGAUACUCAGUGAUCUGAUUGUAGAUGAGCUGGAUCAGACAAUGUUGGGUGAAAUCUUUCAAAAUAUCAAAGGCCCAGCUGGUUUGAGAAUGACUAUUAAAAACAAGGUUUUGCAAGUUCUUGAUACUAUGGUGAUGGCAGCAGUAACUCCAGCCUAUAAAGCAAUGGAAACAGCCGUGAAUGCAUUGCGCAGUCGCAUAGAGGGUGUCAUUCGUUCAAAGAUUGAACCAAUUUUCCAAGCCAAGGAAAAAAUCAAGGAAAAAAUCCAGAAUGCAGUACUGAAGACCAUCAACCCUGUGUUAUCAGAGAAAGUAACUCCCAGGCUAGCAGGCAUUAUAGAAAUUCUGAUAUCACCGAUGACAGAUGCAUUCAAGGAGACACGUGUUGUCUUUGAUGGCCAGAUGGUGCACCUUGAAAGGACAGUCAGAGAAAGAAAUGGUUUUGGUGAAAGCCUGGCACCUCACUUCAGUGGUCUUGACUGCACACCGAGAAACCCCAGUCUGAUGCGAAAUGCCUUCAAAAGGGUUGAUGCAAUGGAAGCACCACUGUGGGCUCUUCAACAGUUCUUUGAUGACAUCGAUCCAGGGACACUCAUCAGUGAAGCUAACGACACCCUAAGCAAAAUUCUUGAUAUGGCUGUUUACACAUUUGAGAAGAUGCUGGAACAGGAAGUUACAACCCAACCAGCCAUCAAGUCGAAUGGUGCAGCUGCAGAAGCAGCAGUGCAAAAACUGAAAAGUGAUGUGCGACAAAGAUUUGGUGUGGAUGCUAAUAAAGCAACGGUUGCUUACUAUAGAGAAGUCAUGAUGAAAAUUGUCAUGCCAUUCUUGCUCAAAGUAGUCACACCAUUGACAGAUCCUGUACUUGAACCCAUCAAUAGCAUUAUUCCAGAGCCAUUUCAAGAGCUUAUUAAUAUUAAAGCAGAAUUUGAGAGUGUGCUGGAAGGCCUUGUAGGAGGAGCGAUUGACACGGUUAUUGAAAGUGUUACUUCUUCGUAAGCAGCAAGUUGAUGGACUCAACAACAAAAACUACUGGCAAGCUGGCAAAUGCUAAUUUUUUGUUUACUGCAUUUUUUAGAACGUUGACACGGUAACAGUUUUCUGUGCUUUGCUUGUUGCGAGAGGUGUAUUGACAUCUCAGAAUUAGAAUUGUCAUAUGGGCACUGGA